UGCCGCAGAUUUGAUAUAAAGUUCGUUGGUCAAGUGUUAUGACUGAGCAUUCGGUAGUGUUCUUUGGACAGUGCAACAGUUGCCAAAAAGCGAUCAUUAGAACAUAGUGACUAGAAUAUAGGGAAAUAGCGUUAACAAUGCUUAGACUAAGUGCUGUGUGUGUGGUGUUGAUACUCGUAGGAGUGUCACUUGCUGAACCUCCGGCAUCCGGUGGUUAUCCAGAUCGCCGGAAUGGUAACGGACACGGUGGUGGUGGCGGCGGCGGUGGAGGCGGCUACCAGCAGGUCAACAGUGGUCCACAGACCUACGAGGGUCAAAACGUAGACCCUCAGUUGCUUGAUAUGUUGAAGACGUUGUUGUUGCAGCAAGAAUCCGCGAAUGGUGGAGGUGCUGGAGGUCCAUAUCCAUCCUCCAACGGUGGUGGCAGCGGAGGUCCAUACGGUUCGUAUGGACCACCAGCUGGCAGCAGCUCACAGGGCCGCGUGGUCGGAAUUGAAUUGGAAAAUCCCAAGCAGAGCCAGCAGGUCGCUGAGUUCUGGCAAGGUGGUGAUGAACAAAGUGCUCCAAGUGGUCAAUAUGGUGCUCCUGGUCAGGGUGGCCCAAGUGGAUCUUAUGGUGCUCCAAGUGAUUCUUAUGGUGCUCCCUUAGGUAAAAAGUAAUUUAUUGAAUUUAUUUGUGUGUAGCGUGUAAGUAUUGAUAGAUCAGAAAAAAAUAAAUUUGUCACCGUAAAA